UGGAGGAGAGGGGAGGAUGAACCGUGGGGCUCCGGCGCUGCCUGAACUCGCAGCACCCCGGGAGCAUCGCCCCCCAUCCCGCAGGAGAUACAGCUGCUAUGGUUUUUUGAAGGAAAACUGUAGAUUUGAGUGAUUCUGGAAGCCCUCAAAUUAAAGGAGCCAUAAUUUCAGGCUUUACAGGAUUUCCCAUUCCCAGACCAUAGCUGGAUGGAGGAGGAGACUGCGAGGAACAGGAAGAUGCCCCAGGACCCCCAGGCAGACCAGGAGCUGAGGAUGGAGACCAGGGAGGACAAAUCCCCACGGCAGAACCUCGUGGAAGAGGCUGUUUUGAGCAGCUCUAUGGCACAGGAAUCCAACAGGGAGGAAACGCCCCGGAGAUCCCACAGGAGGAGGGGCUGCAAAGCCAGCCCAGGGUGCUCUGAGGAGGAAAGACCCACCCUGUGCCAGGAAGGUGGGCAGAGCUUCAGCCAGAGCUCGGAGCUGGUGGUCCAUGAGCAGCUUCAUGAUGGGGAAAAGCCCUACAAGUGCCUAGAGUGUGGGAAGAGCUUCAGGCAGAGCUCCUACCUGAUCCAGCACCAGUUGAUCCACACCGGGGAAUGGCCCUACGAGUGUGGGGAGUGUGGGAAGGGCUUCAGCUACAGAUCCACCCUCGUCAUCCACCAACGCAUCCACACCGGGGAGAGGCCCUACGAGUGUCCUGAGUGUCAGAAGAGGUUUCAGAGCAGCUCCAGUCUCCUUGUGCAUCAGCGGAUUCACACAGAGGAGAGGCCCUUCCGCUGCCUCGACUGUGGGAAGGGCUUCAAGUACAACUCCACCCUCGUCAUCCACCGGCGCAUCCACAGCGGAGAGAGGCCCUACGAGUGUGGGGAAUGUGGGAUGGGCUUCAUCUGCAGAUCCCACUUGAUCUGCCACCAGAGGAUCCACACUGGGGAACAGCCCUACGAGUGUGGGGAAUGUGGGAAGAGCUUCAGCCAGAGCUCCCACUUGAUCUGCCAUCAGAAGAUCCACACUGGGGAAAGGCCAUACAAAUGUGGGGAAUGUGGGAAGAGCUUCAGCCAGAGGUCCCAACUGAUCAUCCACCAAAUGAUCCACACUGGGGAGCGGCCCUAUGAGUGUCCCGAGUGUCAGAAGAGGUUUCAGACCAGCUCCAGUCUCCUCGUGCACCGGCGCAUCCACACUGGGGAGAGGCCCUACACGUGUCCCCAGUGUGGAAAGAGCUUCUCCACGAACUCUCACUUGACCCAACACCAACGGAGGCACCGGUAAGGGAAGCCCUGCAAAUGCCUCAGCUGUGCGAAGAGCUUCGUGCGCUGCCCCAACGCCAUCCCCCAUGGGAGAACCCACAUUGGGCAGAGCCCUGGUGACGCACAUUCCCAAUGAUCUCUGCUGAGAAGACACCUGGCUGGCAGUCUCCACGUCCUCCUGGAUCCCCAUAGGCACCUGGUGAACUCAGGGCAGGAACAUCCAUUGGGAGUCUGAUCAACAUUGAAAAUUAAUUGGGAAGAGCUGAUUUUUUGACUUUACACCCAAAAAAAUCUCACCUGCUGUGUCAUUGUUUCUUCUGGUGGCAUCAAGCAACAAUGGAUGAUCUUGGAGGUCUUUUCCUACCUGAAUAAUUCCCAUGUUUAUCCCAUCAAAACACCCAGAAUUUGGGUAAAAAUAAAGAAAUUAGGUAA